CCGACUGGCUUCCUACAUAUUCGGCAUACCCGCAAAAGAGAGAUGCUACUGUGAAAUUCCCGAGAAACUCGGACUGCUGCCAUUGAACAUGCAAUGUGAAAAAGGAAUAUGGGCGAUGUGGUGUCAAAUAUGUCUAUUCUUGUUCACCGCAGUCAUAAGUCUGUCGGAAAGAGCAGCACUGUUCUUCUGUGUGGUGCAUUUCUUCCUGAUUGGCCAAACACUAUGGGCCUGCCUCUCUCUUGGCCUAAUCGCAUUAGGGUCAGUUGUGCAGAUCCUCAGUUUCAGGUGGUGUAUGUCAGAUGGGGGCAAAGGGAGAAUGUCUGCGAUCAUCAUCCAUGUUCUUCACAUGGGCAUCUUUACAAGACUGUGGAGGUGUGUGAGGACGCUGUGGCGUCAGCAGGACAGAGACGUGGGAGUGGCCAGUGUGGUCCUGCAGCAGGCCGACGUGUCCGCUCUGCUCUUGCUGGAGGCCCUGCUCGUUAGCCUCCCGCAGACCCUGCUGCACACACACAUCCUCUUCAGCUCCGACGAGGGCCUCUCCUCUCCUGUGUCGCUGGCGUGCGGGCUGUGCCUGCUGUCCCUGAGCUGGGCGCUGGUCCUGUACGGGCGGGCGUGCUCUCUGCUCCGGCCCGGCCACGUGCCCAUGCCGCCCGCUGCCAUCCUGUGCCAGCUGGUGUGGAGGGUGAGCAUGCUGGGCGCCAGGGUCACCAGCCUGGUCUUCUUCACCCGGGUCUUCUCCUGGUGGGUGUGCGGCGUCGCUGGUUUCCACUGGCUGGUUGCAUCCUUCUGGCUGGUGUCCCAGCAGACCGACAUCUUCAGAAGCCCUGGACACUGGCGCCUCUUCAACUGCGUCCUGGGAGCUCUGCACGUCUUCUUUUUCCUCAACGUGAAGGAUGGCCCCUGCCGGUUCCGCAUGGCAGCGUUCUAUGUGGUGAUGUUGCUGGAGAACUUUGCUCUGCUGCUGUCGGCCUCGGACAUUUUAGCUGAAGCCUCGUGGGCCAACCUGUGCAUCCCUACUGCUGUCCUCUGCAGCUUCCUUAUAGGUGUUAUAUCUGUGACGGUUUAUUACCGGUUCCUUCACCCCAAAUCCACCGAGAUCCUGCAGAGUCUCCACCGAAGCCAGAGUGCCCAAGCCAGCCUGGAGCAAGGCUCCUCUACUGGGGAGAAGAGUGCUCCUGAGGCCUCCGUCCACAGACAUGGCACCUUCUCCAUUACUGGCUACGCCCAGACUCUGGGUCAGUCGGCACACUCAGAGCUGAGCUCAGAGAAGCACAGCAUGGCUCCCAGACACCACCACUGGUGCUUAAUCUGCCUGGCUGUCAAGACCGGAGACUGGAAUAAGGUCAGCCUUGUUUAUGGCCCAGAGGGAUUGGCUGCUCUGCUGGACGUGACUGAAGGUCCGAAGGGCCUGGACAACGACGAGCCCCACCCCCAGGACCUGGAGGCCGCGUCGCAACAUGACACCGAAGAGCAGCUCUCGGAGAAGAGGGAGAGCCAGUACUUCACCGUCAGCACGUCCGUGCGCCAGAGCCAGCCUGCAGAAGAGAACAGGGAGGCCGUGGAGAACCACCCAGACUGUUCUGGUUCUAGAACCCAACGGGAGAGUCCAGAGGGGAGGUCUGGUGUGGAGGAGAGCGUGGAGAUGGACUGUGACCUCGAUGACUCGGACACCACGCUGUACUUCAGUGCUGACCCCACCUCCCCUCACUGUGUGGCCGCCGCGCCUGCUGUGGCCAAAGACCCAAACCUGGAGGCCGCGGCGCAGCUGUCCCCCGUCCCCCACCGAGAGCCCCUGCAGUGGGGAACCAGGGAGCUGCUGAGCAGAGAGCCGUGCUUCACCUCCACCCCCAAACACGAGCUCAAGCCCACGGGACACGCAGGGCCUCGGCCAGCAGGGCUCAGAAGGCAGGUCCAGUUUAAGUAGCACGGCAGCUUAAAGGUAGUCUGGCUUACAGUAGUCUGGUUUUCACCAUACUAAACUCAAUCUUUUAAGAUUGAACAUUAGUCUGGCGAGGCUGUGCUUUGUUUCUACUGCACUUCGCGGCGCUUAAGUUUCAUUUUCGGCGCGUCACAGGCCAAUAGCAUGCCAGGACUAGAGUAUGGCCGUUUCUGAUUUGAGCCAAAAGUUCUGUCAGUAAACAGCGAAAACAGAUCUGCUGGUUUCCAGCCUGAGCUGCCGGGUGAAAUUCAAAUUCCCCGGAAGUUCAGGGAGGGUUCACCCAGCCUAACUCUGGCUAUCACCAUACUACCUACUAUCUUUUAAGAUUGAACAUUAGUAUGGGCAGUCUGCGCUUUGUUUCUACUGGCAGGCAGGGUUCACCCAGCCUAGCCUAAAGGGUCUUAUUCUCUUCUUAUAGAAUGAAUAAUUAAAAAAAUAGUAUACUAUACAGUAUAUACUGAAUCUGCAUCAGUGAUAUUUUUAUAUGCAAUCCAAUCCACACACGUCCGUUUGUGUUAUGUAAUAUCAGGUAAUAGUGACACUGAUAGUAUGCAGUUACUAUAAAGACUCGUUGAACUGGUGGGGAAGAUUAUGAAUAAUUGUGGGAUACACAUAUUAGCCCUAUACACAGUCAGAAUGUUCAUACUAUGAUAUACUGUCUGUACAGUUCAUACAAUGUAAGGGAUAAUGUAUUGUCCGCCGGUAAUUAUUGGAAAAUAAGUCCCGACAUAUUAUGAACUGUACAAACAGUAUACAGUUCAUACUAUGAUAUACUGUACUGUCUAUAGAGAUCAUACUAUGAUGUUCUGUCUGUACAGAUGUACUGCUUGAAAACAGAGAGACAUGCGCACUGAGAGUACAUGCCACCUGUAGCGAUGCCCUGAGCUGAAACUUUGGGAUCGGAAUACUUUAGGGAUAUGGAAUACUCAUGGGAUAUUUUGCAUGCUGGGAAACAGGUUACCUAUGUUUGCAUAUGUUUGGGCAUACAGCUGCUAUUUAAUAAGCUGCUUUUUAUAUAGUUUUCUUUUUUAUGUUUGUGUGUUUUCAUAAUAUAUUUGUAUAUAUAUAAGGCACUUUUAUUGACAAACUGCAAAAUGCAGUGUAUAGACCGCUCUCUUCUAUGAACUGUGUUACAUUGAGUAUGGGAAACACACACAGUCUGUGUGACUGUAAAAUGUAUAUUCCGUCCCCCUGAUACUCUUUAAUGGGAGUCAUGUAAAAAUACAUUACUUAAUACAAUACAUUACUUAAGCUGUGCAGUACAUUUUGGUAUAUAUCUAUUUAAUGGAGUGUUGAUAUUGUAUGAUUUUGUAUGUCUUAGCAAUUUUCUGCAAGUCAUGCCACAUGUAAGUCAUGACCACAGGACUUAGUUCUAAAUAAAGCAAACUCUAUUUACCUUU